AUGGCUACCAUGACCCUUUCCUGUAAGCCUCUCACCAAAUCCAAUGAGUCUCAAGUGGACUUUGGAGCAGAAGUCACGGGCUUUGACGUUGAGACAAUGACUGAUGAGGAUUUUGAUUUCCUUCGCCGAACUUUGUAUGAAAAUCAAGUUGUCGUUCUCAAAAACCAAGGAAAACUCUCUCCUCAUGCGCAGUACGAACUCACUCGACGCUUCGACCCCUCCGCUGGUGUUUAUAGCCAUGGAAAAUCGAUCGACAAACGCAGUGUGCUACAUGCCGACCUGACUACCAUUCCGAGCCAACCUCAGGUGCAGGUUAUUGGUAGCGGGCUGAAUCCCAUCUCGCCCGAAGAAAAUCAUGAUUACACGCAUUUCUAUCGCUGGCACAUCGACUCGGCAAUGUACAACCUCGAUCCGCCACUGGUCACCACACUUUUGGCUGUCAAAGUUCCACAAGGCCGCCGCCAGAUAUGCCGUUACGACGAUGGCACAGACGCCACUCUCGACGUGCCUCUUGGAACGACGGCAUUCUUCAGCGGAUAUCGUCUGUACGAUAUGCUGUCAGACGAAGAACAACAUUUCGUGCGCACCAGCAAAGCCGAAUAUGCACCCCAUCCUUACAUCUGGAUGAGCAAAGCCAAGUCCCGUUCCAACGGACUGGGAAUUGCCGAUAAGAUCAAGAUAUAUCCCAUGGCCUGGAAGAAUCCUGUCACUGGAAAGUUUGCCAUGAUGGUCUACCCGACCUGUAUUCGCAGAAUUCACCUGGAAAAUGGACAGGUACUUGAUAAUCUUGCGGAGAUUCGAGAUCGGCUUUACAAGUUGCAGCGAAGAGCUAUUGACCCUUGCUACCUGUACACCCAUGAUUGGCAGGAAGGGGACCUGGUGUUGUUCAAUAACCAUGGCGUGAUGCAUUCAAUUGUUGGGUCAUUUGCGGAGGAUGAAGUGCGGGUGUUCAGACAGUGUAAUAUGGCUGCCAGCCGGCCGCCCUUGGGACCGGAGGAUGUCAUUGCCAGUGCAUGA